AUGCCGCCCGCCUAUCGUAGGCUGGGCCUUGUUGGUCAACCACUUCUCUACUCCAUCUCCAUAUUCGCAAGCCUAGGCGUCUUUCUCUUUGGUUAUGACCAAGGCGUUAUGAGCGGAAUCAUUACUGGACCUCUAUUCAUCGAAUACUUCAAAGACCCAACUGCUGGAGAAAUUGGUAUGAUGGUCGCCGUUCUCGAAAUCGGUGCUUUCAUUACCUCGCUCGCUGCUGGUCGUGUUGGUGAUGUUGUUGGUCGUCGGGGGACUCUCUUCAUUGGUGCCCUUGUCUUCACACUCGGUGGGGCAGUACAGACUCUGACUGUCGGGUUCUGGUCCAUGAUUGUCGGCCGAAUUAUCAGUGGUUUCGGCGUAGGACUGCUUUCUACCAUCGUGCCGAUAUAUCAAAGUGAAAUUUCUCCGCCAAACCACCGUGGUGCCCUUGCUUGUAUGGAGUUUACUGGGAACAUCAUUGGAUACUCGGCCUCAGUCUGGACCGAUUACUUCUGCUCCUUCAUAAAUUCACACAUGGCAUGGCGAAUACCACUCUUUAUCCAAUGCGUUAUUGGCGCUAUUCUGGCGGCAGGCUCUCUGAUAAUGCCUGAGAGUCCAAGAUGGCUGAUCGACACUGGGAAAGACGCUGAAGGCAUGGAAGUCAUUGCCGAUCUCCACGGCGGUGACCCCGAUAACCUCGUGGCUGUCGCCGAGUUUGAAGAAAUCAAAGACAAGGUUCAGGAAGAGCGAGAUUCCGGAGAAGCUAGAUCAUAUGCCAUGAUGUGGAAGCGUUAUAAGCGCAGAGUUUUGCUUGCAAUGUCGUCUCAAGCAUUUGCUCAAUUAAAUGGAAUCAACGUGAUUUCAUACUAUGCUCCACGAGUUUUUGAAGAGGCCGGCUGGGUUGGCCGCGAUGCCAUUCUUAUGACUGGGAUCAAUUCCAUUAUCUACAUCCUAAGCACUCUUCCUCCCUGGUAUCUUGUGGACCGAUGGGGACGUCGCGCUAUUCUGUUGUCUGGAGCCAUAGUUAUGGCAAUCGCGCUGGUCGCAACUGGAUAUUGGAUGUACAUAGACGUGCCACAGACAGCGAAAGCGGUCGUAGCCUGCGUCAUCAUCUUCAACGCUGCGUUUGGUUACAGCUGGGGUCCAUUACCUUGGCUAUAUCCCCCCGAAAUCAUGCCUCUGACGAUUCGAGCCAAGGGCGUGUCAUUAUCGACAGCGACGAAUUGGGCGUUCAACUUCUGGGUCGGGGCAACAACGCCUGUCUUCCAAGAACUCAUCGAAUGGCGACUAUACCCGAUGCACGGAUUCUUUUGUGUCUGCUCCUUUGUACUCGUGUAUUUCCUCUAUCCAGAGACGAAAGGUGUCCCAUUGGAGGAGAUGGACGCAGUGUUUGGAGAGGACGAACGAGAAGAGCGGUUAGAUAACGAAUCGGAGAGGGCGUCGUUAUUGGCCAUGUCGUCACUUUGUGAUUCCCUCAUUGGAUCCGUUUAUAUUCGCAACAACCACAACCUGUUGGCUCCACUCUUUGGUUUCUUUUCCCCACCAAUGUGGUCCCGACGGGUAGUGUGGGCCGCUGUAUUUGCCCUUGUCGGGGUUGUUUACGCCCAGUCGCCUACCAGCAUUUCCCUCUCCGUCUCUACCAGCUCCUUCACUUCACUAUCUGUUUCGGGAAGUCGCACAGUGUCCUCAGUUCUACCCACCCUCGUCAAUGUCAGCGUAACGAUUACUCCAACGUCAGCAUCAGCCUCGCCAACGACUUCUCCCUCUCCCUCUGCAUCUGCUGGCCCAAAUACCGUUCUCGCCACCAAACUCGAUCCCGCGUUUGGAGUGUUGGGUGCAAUCCUCAUAAUCACUGGCGUGCCCUCCGCCUUCUUUGGCCACAAAAACAGAUGGACCUCAUUCUUUUUGAUUGGUUUCUACACACUCUCUCUCGUCUGUUUUGUCCUUAUUCUUAAGUUUGGCAUCCUUACCGCCGUUAAUCCACCUAGCAAAGUGCUACGCGGGAUGUUCGUGCUGGCUUCUGUAGUCGCGGGAAUUGCGGGUGGUGGAGUGUCCAUCUUUUUCUGGAAAGCCGCGCGGUAUUUCAUUGGAGGUUGGGGCGGCUUUGCGCUGGCCUUGUGGAUUCAAUGCUUCCACAACGGCGGAAUCAUUAGGACCGUUGCUUUCAGAUGGAUCUUCUACAUUGGUUGUGCCGUGGUUGGCUUCGUUUUGUGCACCGUCCCCAAGAUUCACUAUCACAUCUUGUUGGUUUCAACGGCAAUGGUCGGGUCCUCGGCUUUCAUGCUGGGAGUAGACUGUUUCACCACCGCUGGUCUCAAGGAGUUUUACAUCUGGAAUCUCGGCUUCCGGUCACUGUUUCCGAAAUACGUGAACAACGGCAUUCAGUUUCCUGUCUCGCAGACGAUGCAGAUUGAACUCGGUUUAAUUGGAGCCAUCACCUUGAUGGGCAUUGCAGUUCAAUUGCGCGUCCUGACCGUCCUUCAACGCAAGUUGCACGAGAUUGCCGAGGAGCAAAAGAAACGAGACGAGGCGGCCGAAGUUCAAGCUGCGGGGGCGUUUGCAACGGUACUACGAGAGCGCGAAGAGUGGGAAAAACAACAUCCAACCAUGUCCAAACAUGGCAGACAAGAAAGUGGCUACUCCAGCAUGCCGUUAAUGAAGGAUCACGAUGGUUCAUCGUCUCCCGUCGCCGGAGAGUAUCGCUCUUCUACGUUCACUCUAGUCAACGAAGGCCGAACUCGCCACCAGUCGGCCGGCUCAGAAUUUUUAUUCGCUCCCACGCCUGACGACGAACUUGCCCGCGCCACCCGUAAUUUACAGAGUCCAGGUGCUCUUCCUGCUCUCGAUUUGGGACUGGGUAUCAAAGAUGAUGUUCCUCAUAAUUUUAUCGCCAAAGACGACCACGCACGCAGUCCCGAGUUGGAUGGCGAUCUGAAACGAAAGCAAGAACUUGAGGCUGAAAUUCAAACCAUACGACGUUCAAUUGAUGCUCUAAAAUCCGAAACCCCAGCUCCUUCAUCGUCGGCCAACUCUCGCCAUCCCUCGCUCACCUCAAGACGAACACUAAGUAUCGACGCUGGCACUGCCCUUCUUCCAACUCCAGCCCAUAGCCGUCCUCCUCGAGAAAAUGACCCACGAGCUCGAGUGCACUCAAUGGAACUCUCGCGCUUGACCAACUCACGUGCAGGAGCGUCUAUUGGUCGUCCUACUAGUGCACCGCUUCAUGAUGACUGGGACACCUAUGUUCAAGAGCGCAAACUAUUGCAACCACCCGCGGGUGUGACACCUCCCAUAACGCCAAACAGAAUCCCAAUAUCUCCUGCGGUGACCGAUGCGUUGAACCAACGAAAACGACGAGAAAGUGCCAUGGGUCUGGGAGAGCCAGCAGCACCACUGGCUGACUCAUCCGAAGACUUGCCGUUGGCGCGCAUUCCGGUUGCUCAUAACCGAAGCUCGUCAAGUGGACAGUUGGGUCCUGUUAACAUUCUGCCUCCCCGGAAACCUAUCGCUGCUCCUACACCUCAACGCCCUGCGCACGUCCGAACUCGUACUUUUGAGGAACUGAACGAAAGACAUCGAGAGAAGAUGCGUGACUUGCAAGGUCCUCUCACAAAUGCUACCCAAGAAAAUGCCGACCUUGAGGCAGCCAAACAGCGGUGGGAGAAGGCUAAAGCGCUUGAGAAGGAGGCUGUCACGCGGAGACAGGCGGAAAAAGCUGCGUUGGUUGAGCGUCGGAAAGAAGAACCCUCUACACGUCGGUCACAUGACCGCGCAGCUUCACGCCAUUCCCGUUCUCUCAGCGCGGACAAACUAGGCGCGGGAUCGAAGCGGCUGUCCACCAUGAAGGUCGAAGACUGGCAACGGUACCAGCAGGACGCAGCAGGAGUGCCUUUCCCAGAUCGUCGGCGGCAGAGAGACCCACCAAGUUAA